UGUGUACGAAUCCCACCACAAAUUGAGCUGGCCGUGGCACGAUUGAUUGCAGGAAUGGUUUGCUAAAUUGCAGUUAAAAACAAUGUACUAGUAAGAAUUCAAAGUUUCCCCCAUAUUUUAGUGCUGAACAACGGUGUAGUUCUUGGCUGGACCUGUCACUGUCAGCCAUCAUUUUCGUCCUUAUCUCAAGUUGUCAAUUAUGCGGCCUUCUCUGUUUGUUCUUCUGAAACCGCACUCACUUGUACUUUAGCCUGGUAGGUGGUGGAAAUGUGGAAUCCACUUUCAUCUUCAGCCUCUCGUGCGUACUUUAGCGUCUCUUUUGCCCCUCUCUUCAUUUCUACGCAGCCCUAGCCUGGUAGGUGGUGGAAUCGGCUCUCAUCUUCUUCCCCGCCUCUCUGCACAGGUAGCUGCAUCUCUACGGAUCUUCCAGGCAGAUGGAGUCUGAUAUUCUAGUGCAUAUACUUGAUGGAAGAGAGAAACCGACGAAUCUGCCAUUUGCGCUUUUGAAGAAUAUCACAAAGAAUUUUUCUGAAGAUCGAGUAGUUGGUCACGGUGGAUUUGCAAUAGUUUAUAAGGGUGUCCUUCCAAACGGGGUUGUUGCUGUGAAGAGGAUCAGGAACAACCAUUCCAUUGACGAGAAACUAUUUUAUCGUGAAGUUGAUAGCCUGUUGACGAUUAAUCAUCAAAAUGUGGUACGGUUUCUUGGAUUCUGUGCUAGCACAGAACAUACAGCAAUAAAAAUUGAAGGGUCAAGACAACAUAUUUACGCUGAGAUGAGAGAAAGAUUGCUCUGUUUUGAGUAUAUCAGCAAUGGAAGCCUAAAAAAUCAUAUUACUGAUGAAUUAAGGGGACUAGAAUGGAAUACACGUUACCAAAUAAUCAAGGGUAUAUGCGAAGGGUUGCAUCAUCUGCACAAGGAAAAGCAUAUAUAUCAUAUGGAUUUGAAACCUGCCAAUAUACUUUUAGAUAAUCAAAUGAGGCCAAAAAUUACGGAUUUUGGUUUAUCAAGGCUCGAUGAAAAAUCAGAAACCAUGAGCGAAGACCGUUGUGGAUCACUAGGAUAUUGUGCUCCAGAAUACCUAUUGAAUGGCAAGAUGUCAUUCAAAUCAGACAUGUUUAGUUUGGGCAUUGUAAUCACCGAACUGGUGACUGGAGCGAAGGGUAUCCCUGAUAAUAAUAAGAACAAUGUACUUAGAAAAUGGAGGCACAGAUGGAAAAAAACAGGGAAGGAAACACCAUUGAUUUACCAACAAGUAGCAAAAUGCAUGGAUAUUGGGUUGCUCUGCCAGGAAAUUGACCCGUGCAAACGGCCUUUUAUAUGGGAUAUGAUACAUGAUAUCAGAGAAAUAGAAGGUGUUAAUGGUAAAUUCAGUGAUGAUUGUGGAUAUACAUUUGGGCAGAUAAGCCCUUACUCAGAGGAUGAUAUGCUUGGGGUUGAACCACUCGAGCUGCAUUUUCCUUUUGAGAUUAACAAGCAGAUAUCAUGCUCACUUGAGCUAACCAACCAGACCGAUGCUUACAUUGCCUUCAACAUCCAAAAGAUGAGCCCCCUUCCAUACGGCAUGCAGCCAAACAAAGGCAUUGUGCCACCACAAUCUAAGUGCAGUGUUGACGUAACAUUGCACCCACAGCACAAGGCACCAUGGGAUAUGCAGCGUGCUGACGAGUUCAUUGUGUGGAGCACCAAAGUGAAUGGUCUUUCAGCUGAGGAUAUAACUAUAAACAUGUUCAAUAAAGAGAGUUCUUUGGUUGAUGCGAUGAACUUGGCUGUUGUUUUUCAUACAGAAGAGAGCACCAUAGUAAGCAAGGAACUCAUACUGCACAGUAUCACUGAAGACAUGUCCAACAUUAAGAUAGAUGGUACAACAGGGAACGUGAAGAAGUCCCAGGAGUAUUUGUUGCUAACGCCCAUGUGCAUGUCAAGCACAUGCAGUCAUAAUCAUCGAGAGUCAGAAAAGGAGUCCAGUGAGCCACACGAAGCAAGUGAAAAAAGCAGUGAGGAGAAAGUUCAGGAGUCACAGUACCAGAUUACCCCAUGGCAAACUGAAUUGCCAAAUAAGACCAGUCUUCCUGUACAGUCACCUAAAGAUCCUGUUGGAAAAGUAUUGAGCAAAAACAGUACUGACAAUGUUGUUAGAAUCUUGAUUUUGAAUCGGAUCGGAACCUCUGUGGCACCAUAUCCUCAGGUACAAUCUCCAAUAUCUUCCCCUGUUGAAGGUAGAGCUGAUUGGAGUGUAUUAGCAAACAAAAACGGUCAAGUAAUUCCAAGUGAGGUUCCUGCAAGAAAUAUUGUUCAUGAUUACAGAGAAAGGACAUCUCUUUCAAGCAGCAACCAAUUUAGGAACGACAUUUCUACACAAGCAUCUCAACAUGAUUCUCAUACUGUCCAAUUUGAUUUUGAUCCCCGGAGCCAAAACCCACCAUUCAAGGGCAUUAGUAGAAGCGAUCUCUUGGAUGGUUCUGUGGGUGCUGAAGCCCAACAUGUGCGAGAAACUUCUGCUCAAUGGGGUCCUGGAGACUCACCUAAUUUAGCAUCUGUCCCCGAGGAAACAAAUCCUUCAUAUCCCUAUGUUCCUACUGUUCCCGAGGAGCCUGGCUUCCCUUUCUCUGACGCUGCAGAGGAUGAUCCAUUGCCAGGCAUAGAAGGCCUUCGAAUUACGGGUGAAGCUUUUCCUGGGCGAGAACUACAAGCAUGUGGAUACUCCAUUGAUGGAACAACAAGUUGUAAUUUUGAGUGGAUGCGGCAUUUAGAAGAUGGCUCUGUAAGAUUCAUAGAAGGAGCAAGGCAACCUAAUUAUUUAGUUACUGCCGAUGAUGUGGACACUUUACUAGUCAUUGAGGUCCAACCCCUAGAUGACAGAAAAAGAAAGGGUGAGGUUAUCAAGGUUUAUGCUAACGACCAAGCAAAAAUUACUUGCGAUCCUGAAACAAAGGAACUUAUUAAGAGAACUCUUGAAGUUGGGCAUGUGUCUUAUGCAGUCCAGAUACCUCAGGUGAGAUUCUUAGACAUGUGGAAACCAGCUGUUUUGGAAAUAAAGAGGGAAGGUUACAGCAUUAAAUGUAACAGGCAGCGUGAUGUUGUUCUCACGGAGAAAUUCCAGCAAGCAUCUUCUAUUAAUAUUCCUUGGGGAUACGAGCGUGCAACAGAGUUUGUGAUUCUGUCUGCUGAUGGUAACGAAUAUAAUCUCAAGCCAGCAGAAUACACGCCACCUCGGGAUACGAUUGUUCUAGUGUUAAGAUUGUUCAGAAGUAUGGCUUUGGAGAAGAGGAGAGGAAGGAAAAAGGGCCUCUUCUUCAAGUAGACUGGUCUAGCUAAUGUAUAUUCUAUUCUUCAGAGUGCGCAUAACAUGCGUCAUGGUGAUAGCCUGAUAGGUGUGCCGUUCUGUCUGCUGUCGUACGAUAUUUCCUGUAGAGAUCCCCACAUGAUUAUUCUGUAAUCGAAUAUCGAAGAACCUGGUACGCUCGGAGUUGUAACAGAGAGCGCUUCAUCAUUGUAAAUACAGCUUCCUAGAAAUGAAGUUACUUCUCUUAGCUGUUCUA